AGCAGUUGCAAGCUAGCAAAGAAGUGAGAUAGAAAGCUCGCAUUUUCGAGUAUAUAUACAAUGGCAAUCCAAGACAAAAGAAAGAAAAAGAGCAUUUGAUCCUAAGGUAGUUACUACUUGCUUACUUAAAAAAAAAGUAAGGGCUUUUGUCAGCCUUAGACUGCGUCUUCAGAUACAUCUAUUGGCCAUUCCUCAUCAGAUUCUCUAAACGUGAUAUUCAAUUACAUUGCCUUAAUAGAAGAAAGAUCUGGUAAUAAUAGGACUUGGAUCUCAAGUAAGUAGGCGUUCUCGAGGUCUUUUCUCUAGCACCUUCCUGCUUCUCUUAUCCCGAACACCUUCCCCUUCUAACCUAGGAGAACUACUGAAAGCAUUCGUACUUGGUUCCUUUACUCCGGCUGAACUAAUGCAAACUUACCGAUGUUCUUUCAAGGGGGGGGGGAAGAAGAAUAUGGAUUACUUGAACCUUUUGAUGCAUAAGAUGGAGAGCUGUGAGCAGGGCCCCAUUGAGACCUUUUACAAGGUCGAAUGGAGGGGGCCAAGAUAAGAUCUGUAGUUCUAUUCUGGAAUCCAAACAAAGAAAGUAACUAAAUAGGCAUCGAGCCGUUCAGAUGAGACCCGAAGAACAGGAAGAAUAAAUAGCAAAGGGAAUCCCCGACUUCCUAGAAUCACAAGGUAGCAUAGCCCGUUAAGUGAAGUAGUGCGCGAAAAGGAAUGAUUUGAUAAAGCAGUAGCCGGCUCGGGGGUAGGAAAAGGUGGGUCAGUCUAGAGCCAGACGACUCGUGAAGAGAGAAAGCAUCUGCCCCUUCUAUUGACUUAGAUGAGGAGUUUACUAUUCUACUGAGAAGGUUUUCACAUAUUUGACCCGGUCAGGAGAAAAGAUACAGAAAUAUGAUUUGGAUGAAUCUUAUUUCAAUCCCUAUAGAGAAAGUGCGGGUGAGGAUAAUUCUUUGACAGAAAAGGAUGUCUGUCAGAGUGUAAUCUCUAGCCAAAGGCUAGACAAGUUCUUUAGUCUGGAGGUACCGGAGGACAUUAGAAAUGACAAACGAAGACUUAAAGUCUGGAAUGCUAACGUCUCGCGUUUUAAACAGCACUACUAUGGCUAUUGUCAUUCUGUAUGCGGCGAGAAUCUUUGUUGGAAUGCCCAUCAAGAAAGGUGGGAGAGCUUUGAGAGAAAGCUCACUGGAAAGUAUUGUUUACACCAUUAAUGAGAUAUUUUAUCAACAGAGCUUAUUCAACAACGGCGGAAAGCAGACAAAAAGAAGCUUCCGUCUUAUUGAAUCAUAUGAUUUCCCGGGUUGACCGAUCUAAAUGCCAACACCCCCAUCCAGGGCUAAUCAUAGCCUCUCAUACCUUCAAAGAGCCAUACUUCGCUUUUAGCGAUUUUGAUCAACUCAGUCUGGCUAUCAUGGAUCUCUUACUCCGGGGUGCUUACCCUUACUUAUCGGGUUCGAAUUACGCUAAGUUCAAUGUUUUAUUUACAAUGUUUACCUCCGGCGGGACACCUACCACCUUUGCGGCUGGUCGUGCUAUCGCCUUGACUUAACUUAUGAAGAUGGAAAGUGAAUUCCAAAGAGUGAGAUAUAUGCUCUUUUAAAUGAACGAAUAAUCGAUUUGAUCGAAAAAUACGAAGGAUAUUUGGUUAUUGGAGUCACAAUCCGAGUCUUUUUGGAGACUAAAUUAAAGGAGGCGCAGUACCUCUCUGCCGAGGUUAGGGAAAAGAUCCUUAUCGAAUUCUUAAAGGUUCGAUAUUAACGGAUAUCAAGCCAAGAAAGGCAAAAGUUCUCCGAUAUCGGAAGCGUAAUUAUCCAACCCAUAUCACAGCACUGAAAUCUGGUUCAACUAGGCUGAAACCCUUCCUGGUUGCCGAUACCGAGACUAUACUAAUAGAUGUCAAGUCCACUCCCGAUCCCGAGACCGGUGAGGAGGAUGUGACCAAAGUUCAUUUUCCUUAUGCUGCAGGUGUCUUGCUGGUUCGUCCCGGUGUGGUGAUCGAUAAAGGUCGAAUUUAUACCUACUACAGCGAGGAUUACACUUCUAAAGUCUUCAAAAGCUUUGAAGAAAGGAUAAGUUACUUACGCACUUUGUCUAUAGGUUAAUUUCAAUUAUUAAGCAGAAUCCUUCGAUUCAAACUGUAUACUUCCAUAACUUCUCACGAUUCGAUGGAAUUUUCUUGGUGAAGCACCUAGCGUUACAUCAUUCCAAUUUUAGGCUAAAACCUCUGGUGAGGAAAAAAUCUACGAGAUAGCCGUCUAUACAGGUAAUAGACUCUUAUUCCGCAGGAGAGACUCCUUGCAUCUACUCCCUGGCAAGCUGCAUGUCCUAGCUAAGAAUCUAUGCAAGGGAAUUGGCGGGAAAGGCUCUAUCGCCUAUGACGAGGUAAGCCUUGAAAAUUUUCUUAUUAAGAAAAAAGAGUAUAUCGAAUAUAUGAAAAAUGACAUUUUUGGUGAGGUAGUGCAAAAAGCCCAAGAGUUAUAUUGGAAGAACUACAAGAUCGACAUAGAAUGCAAGGUAACUCUUUCUUCAGUGGCUCUAACCAUCUUUCGUAUGAAGUACUACGACGUUAACUCCCAACAAGCACCGGGUGACGCGAAAGCCGUUUUAGUUAGUCACUAAAGCCGUUUUCUUGCUCCUUAUGUAAUGCAUGAUUUUCCGAUGCCUGGAGGUGAGCCUGAGUGGCAUGGAAAUCUGGGUGAUAAGGACUUAGAUAGCCUCUUUGGCUUUAUUGAGGCAUAUGUGGAAUGCCCCGAGACUAUAAAGAGACCCUUCCUUCCCUUUCGGGAAAAAAAAGGGGGGUCUUUUAUUGGUGUCUACUAUAGUGAGGAGUUAAAGUAUGCAAGAGACAUAGGCUACACUGUGAUCCCGCUCUCAGGCUACCUCUUCCAGAAGAAGGAAAGCCCGUUCAAGGACUAUGUUAGCACUCUUUAUAUAUAAUAGAAGAUUAAAGGCUAAGAAGGAAGGAAAUGACGCCCUUGCCUAAGAACCUUUUGAAUUCGCUGUACGGAAGGUUUGGAAUUAACCCUAAAAGCACGAUAACCUUGAUCUGCGAUGACAAUAAAUAGAACAUAUUUUUGAAGAAGGAUUCAUUUAUAGACGGUCAUAAGCUUAAAGAAAACAAUUGGGUGUUAUGGUACCAUAACAAUAUGGAGGAAGCAUCUUCGUUUAGCAACUCCUCCCUUCUCAAGCGCUCUUCCUCUCUUCUCACUUGCUGGAUGAGCUGUUCUUGUUCCUUCUCGAGAUCCAGGAUCCGUUCUAUGACUGGCUCUGUUGGCAUGCCCCGCUCUUCGCGCCAGCACACUUGGCGUUCGAACUCAGCAAACUCACCCUCGAUUUGAUCAAGUCUCUUCUGCAAUAGUUCUAUCCCUGAGGAGUGAUAAUAGUAGCGGUCUUCAUGUUUCACGGCUGGAACAGCGGCAUUCACCGUAGCAGUUUCGUUCAACGAAGGAGCAGCAGUGGUUGUAGCAGUGGUAUUGUCAGCAUUUGGAGACCCUUUUCUUUGUCUUUUCCGGGGAUAUGUAGUAGCUUAACCUUAAGGAACGUAGUCGCUUAAGCGAAGCUUUUGGUAUGUAAUCGCUUAUGUUAAGCUUAAGGAAAGAGAAGGCUAGAUCUAACAGAUAAUAGUGGUAUUCUUACCUAGGAACUAGAGCAGACGCAGACCUUUCAUCUAUUGUCUUAUCGUCUUCUCUUCCUAGUUAUAUCUUCCUGUAGUUCCAGGAAGCAAGGGAGCUAUGGAAGAGCGUAGGAGAGAGAGCAAGGAGGAUUUAUUAUCAUUUGUAGAAGGAAAGGCUAUACCAUUGACUUUGGGUGAUGGGACACCUUUACCAAAGGGUGAGGUUUUAGGUCAUAUUUAUAGUCGUAUUUUAUAUAAAGGUGAGUCAUACGUGGGGGAACUAGUGCCUAGAGUCGGGAUUCGCUUCUACACGGAGGCGGGUAAAAAGAUAGAAAUUCUAUCCGUUUCUUCUGAUGACAGAACUAAACAACUGGAGGAGGCCCUUCGUAAUCAAGUAGAGGUCGGUUCUUUGCCAACGAUUACACCUAAAAAGAUAAGAAAUCGUAAGAAAACAUAUUACAGCAGUAUAACUCCUGUUAAAUGCAAUUCUAAGGAGUUAAACCCGUUCUUGGUUGCCGACACUGAGACUCUUUUACUUGAUGAAAUUCACCAACCGUAUGCUGCCGGUGUUAUGAUGGUUCAUCCUGGUGAUAACAUCAAAAACAAUAGUCGAAUCGAUUCAUACUUCAGCGAGGAUUACACUUCAGAAGUCUUCAAAAGCUUUCAAGCAAGGAGCUCUAAGUUACUUAGCGACUUUAUACAUAGGAUUAUUUCAAUUAUUAAACAAAACCCAGCAAUACAAACCGUGUACUUCCACAACUUCUCACGAUUCGAUGGGAUUUUUAUCCUGAAGCACCUAGCGUUACAUCAUUCCAAUUUUAGGCUAAAACCUCUUAUGAGGAAUAAUAGAAUUUAUGAAUUAGCAGUAUACGCGGGUAAUAAAAGAAUCUUUAGCUUUCGUGACUCUCUGCAUCUCCUUCCAGGAAAGCUAGAUAGCCUUGCUAAGAGUCUAUGCCCUGGUCUUGGUAGUAAGGGUUCUUUUGAUCAUAAAAAAGUGACAGUCGAAAAUUUGGGUAAGAUGAGAGCUAGCGUGUUAAUGUAUAUGGAGCAAGACAUACGUCUUCUUGGGGGUGUAAUGCAAAAUGCCCAAAGGUUGUAUUGGACACACUACAAGGUGGACAUUGUGAGCGUGCUCACUUGUUCAGCUAUGGCUCUGAAAAUCUUUCGCAAGCAGUUUUACGAUGAUCAAUCAUUCCCCAUCCACAUCCCUAAUCGGAAUGAAGAUACCUUCAUUCGUCGUGGAUACUAUGGAGGUCAUACAGACGCUUACAAGAAAUUGGGUAGAAACCUAUUCUACUAUGAUGUGAACUCACUCUAUCCGUUCAUUAUGAAAAAAUGUCCCAUGCCAGGAGGUAAGCCAGUCUGGGAUGGUAAUCUGGUUGAUAAGGACAUAGAUAGCCUAUUUGGAUUUAUAGAGGCUUUUGUGUCAUGCCCUUCUUCAGUCAAAAAACCUUUUCUCCCCGUUCGGGGAAAAGAUGGUACACUUCUCUUCCCCACGGGUGAUUUUGUUGGUGUAUACUAUAGCGAGGAGUUAAAGUAUGCAAGAGACAUAGGCUACACUGUGAUUCCAGUCAGUGGGUACCUCUUCGAGAAGAAGGAAAGCCCUUUCAUAGAAUAUGUGAAUUCUCACUUCGAUAGUCGAUUACAGGCAAAGAAAGAUGGAAAUGAAGCUUUGUCAUUUGUUUAUAAAAUCCUUAUGAAUUCGCUCUAUGGAAGAUUUGGUAUCAACCCAAAUAGCACUAAAACGGAGUUAUGCGAUAGCGAGCGCUAUCACUUUUUGAUGAAACAAGAUUCCUUCAUUGGUUUUCAUCCGAUUAUAGAAAACCUAUACAUGGUAUCCUAUCAUACUGUUACGGCUGAUGAUAACAUUCAUUGGGCUCAGCCUAAGAACUCCGCAGUUCAACUUUCCGCCGCAAUCACUGCAUGCGCUAGGAUCUACAUGCACCCAUUUAUAUCAAGGGAUGACUGCUACUACACAGACACAGACUCUAUCGUUCUUGCCAAUCCUCUUCCAGAGGGCUUAAUAUCUUCCAAAGUCUUAGGGUUGUUUAAAUUAGAAGAUAAAAUCAAAGAAGGAUACUUUUUGGCGCCAAAAGCAUAUGGCUAUAUUUCCGAAGAAGACACAAAUGUAAUUAAGUUCAAAGGACCAGCAAAACACCUGGUGGAUAUUUCUUGGUUCAGAGAACAGCUCGCUAACCCUUCUCGUAGGAUGAAAGUCCAAAUCAAAAAUGAAUUCGGGAUUGAUUGGGACAACCAGACUGUCGGUGUUAAAGAAUAUGAUUACAGUUUGGGGAUUAAACUGAACAGUAAGAGGAUUACUCAACCUGAUGGAGAGACUUUACCCAUUGAAGUCAAUGAUAUGUGUGGGGUAGCCAAAUCACUUUUUAAAAAGCUAAUGAAACUGCAGACAACGAAUACUCUUCUUAAUGAGAAGUUGUCUCAGAAGGAAAGAGAGAGUGAAAAGAGAAUGGAUGGUGUGAUAGUAGAAGAGAUAAAAAAGAUUGAAUAUUUGGGUAUUAAUAUAGAGACUACUCUUACUGAAGAAAGCACUCAAUUAGAUAAAGAAGAAAGCGAUGUAACUAAGACAGAUUCUAAGAAACCAGAUACGUAGCUUAAGAGUACACUUCGUUAACCCACGCUAGUUUAAUAAAACCAUACUGUCUGGCCAGAAGGAGCUUAGCCUGUCCGGAGAUAGUGUAGUUAGAAGCAUAAGCUAUUAGACUAAGCAGUAAAGCUAGUAAGACCAGCUGUUAAAUAAGCCAUAUCUGUCUUAAACCCGUUGCUAAAGCUAGUAAGCAUACUCCAGCUACUAAACAGCUUGCUGCUAAAGCCUUUGAGCCUUAGGCAUAAGCUGUUAAAGACUGUGCUGCUAAGUAAGACUACUCCAUCUAGCUAACAGCUUCUUUCUUUCCAGUUGCUUCCUUCGGUAAGGGAUGUCCGGGUGGAUAUCCCGCCUUACUACUAGGCGAUGUCCCCAAGGAUAUCGUCUAGCAUCCGUGAAACUCUCAGGUUGGAAUAAGACUAGGAGAAGAAGUAAUGCAAAGAGAUAGAAAAAACUACCUGAUUAAUUCAAUCCUGCCCGGCCGGCCGGAGAUAGUGUAGUUAAAGACAGUGAAGCUAAAGACAGUAGACAGUACCUGAUUGAUUCAAUACUCCUUGCAGCUGGCUGCUCUCCUUAAUUUCACAAAGAAAAGAAUUGAGUGGUUUUAGCUCCUUGCCCUUAGUGAAGCGAGUUAGUUGUCCUGUUAGCGGUAGUUCUUUUUGUUGUUUUCCUCUCAUCGUUAGCCAGCCUGUUUUCGUUGUUGGAUAAGAACUAUGUGUUUGAUGCCGUCGAGUCAGGGAAGGGUAGAAACAAGGACAUCUAUUACUUUCCUUAGUCAUCUAGCCAGCAUUUUAUGUCUUCUUUAUACAGUUAUCUAAUUAUAGAAGGGAAUUUCUAUUUUGUAAAAAGGCCAGCCAAUGAAAGCUGUCUGAUAUAGGUAGGCCUAACACAAGUUUAGAAAAAAAGGCUUUAUUUUAGGCCUCUAGUGAAAGAGUAAAGUAAGGAAUUCCAGGCAGGCGAUAGGGGCU